CAACUCAAGUUAUCUGCAUCCUCCAUGUACUUCCUUCUCCCCACCCUACAUCAUAUCUUUCCCACCCAAACCUCAAGCCAAUAGAGCCAGUGACCAGCUGGCAGGAUGGGAACUGGAGCAAGGUCUCUCCUACCCAACGUGUCUUGCUGUGUUUUGGGGCUCACCGCUGAAGGUUGAGGUCAUCAGAAAGAGAUCAAAAGCAUAGAGAGGGGUAACUUACAAAAGGCAGAGCUCUCUGCUACUGUAGAUGGGGCGCUGGAUAUGUUACAUUUGCUCCAGAGUUGCAGAUUCAUUGAUGAUGCUCCUGGUUUUGGCUCUGAGCUGUAACCCUUCCACAGCAGCAAUAGCUUCUCCGUCUGCACCCCACGUCAAACCCAGCUACAGCUUUGGCCGGACUUUCCUGGGACUUGAUAAAUGCAACGCCUGCAUUGGAACAUCCAUUUGCAAGAAAUUCUUUAAAGAAGAAAUAAGGUUUGACACCUGGCUUUCUUCUCGUUUAAAGCUGCCCCCCAGCUACCUGCUCAGCUACUCGGGCAACUAUACUGACGAUGCCAAGAGCUGGCGGAUGGUUGACAUCACCCGGCUGACCUCCAAGUACCAGCACGACCGGGCCGACAAGCGCAUCUGCACCUCACUGCUGAAGACAAAGACCUGCAGCCUGGAGCGUGCCCUGCGCAGCACGCAACGCUUCCAGAAGUGGCUGCAGGCAAAGCGCCUCACCCCCGACCUGGUCCAGGGCCUGUCUAGCCCAAUGCUGCGCUGCCCAUCCCAGCGUCUCCUGGACAGGAUAGUGCGGCGUUAUGCUGAGGUGCCAGACGCUGGCAGCAUCUACAUGGACCACCUCACUGACGGGGACAAGCUGCGCCUGUUGUACACACUGUCAGUGAAUUCACACCCCAUCUUGUUACAGAUCUUCCCUGAUGUGGAGGGAUGGCCCUUCCCACGGUACCUGGGUUCCUGCGGGCGGCUGGUGGUCAGUGCCAGCACCCGGCCCCUGCGCGAUUUCUUUGGUGCAGCCCCUGAGGUGGCUGCUGACCUGGCCCUCCAGCUCCUUGCUGUCCUCCGCUCCAUGGGCACCAACGACCUCAACUAUUUCUUCUACUUCACCCACGUGGACGCUGGCACCUUCGGCGUGUUUAGCAAUGGGCAUCUGUUCAUCCGGGAUGCCAGCACACUGGGGAUCAUCGACAAGGAGGAAGGGAGCCAGCUGAUUGAUGACCAACAAGAAUAUAAAGAUAUAUUUAGCUGUUUGACUUUGGACUGCCAGUCUGCAUUUGUGUCCUGUAACUCCAUUGGAGAGAAGCACAGCCUUGUCAUGGUGUGUCAAGAGCUUUUGCCUAAGCUCCUGAAGGGGAAAUUCCUGCAACCCGUGCAGGAGAAGAUAGACAGCUUCCUGCAGCACUGUGCCGAUGGCCUCGCCGAUGACCAGGGUGUCAGUGGGGCGGUUGCAAAGCUGGCAGAGCUCCUGAAACCUCUGCGGUCUUGUGAUUCCCGUUUUGCCUACCGCUAUCCUGACUGCAAAUACAGUGACAAAUACUGAUGGCUUUGGAAGAGUCCCCUGGGAAGGACUGGGGCAGUGUCAGCCCCUUGCCAGUGUGGGAAGCAAGAUGGAACCAGCAUAGCAGGAAGGAGCUACACCAAAUCUGGGACUUCCUUAUGAAGGCACAGGAGAAGGAAGCAUAGUGCACAUGGGAUUUAUUGUUCAUCUCCCAGAGAUGCGUUUGUUACAUGGGAUGUUAAACAUGAUGUAAGGUUUAAGGAUUAUUAGCAUUAUUGUGAGUGACAGAGGCUACAGGAUUAAUAAAACUCAUGCACAUAUUUUGGCCUUGAAGACUUUUCCAUGCUAUUUAUUAAAAAGAAACCUUCUGAAGGCACCAUGGUCUCAACUAACUAGAUAGAGGAGCUUUAUUACGAAGAAAGUCUUUCUGAUUGAGAUGAUAUAUACAUAAUGUAGGAUGGAUGGAAGCAUUUAAGACUUUCCUUGUGGGGAUUUUUAAUGCCAUAGAUAAACUGAAGUACCGGAUCAGUUCUAUACCAUCACCCAUCACAGAUCACUUUUAUAAAAUAUUUAAAUUUUUUUAGUUUUAUGGCACACAGAACAGGAAGAUGCAACCAGCAGCAUUAAAAAGCUGUAAGGUCCCAUGUCUCUUGAAACAUAAUUUCUCUAAUCCCCAAAUAUAAUUACUUCUAGUCUUUCCCAAGCUGAUCGGCAGUAAAUUCAGUAAUUGGAGACUAAUAAACAUUUUUGGUUUAAGAUCAGGAAAAAAACAACCCAGAAACAACUCUGGGAUGUGAUUGUCCAGCAGAUACUUCACAUUUUUCUCCCUAGAGAAAACUGGAGGAACCAUUUGCACAAACCCGUUCAAAUAGGAAAAUUACCUUAAGAGGAGAAAAUACACAGGCAGAGGAUGAAAGGUGAGUCUAUCCUGAGCCCAGUGAGAUUUUCUGAAUGCUUAAUACUCCACUGUAGGUGCUGGGGCACCCCCCAAGAGCUGGGGAGGUCAAAGUCCUGGCCAGCAAGAGAUGCAGCCAACCUCAUCCAUUUGCCUUUCAAAGGAGGAAUCAGGUAGUCCCCGAAGGAGUGACUCAGGCACGUAGUAUUUGGGGUGAUGGACUCUUUUUUCAUAGCAGUGGCCAGCACAGGGCUAGGUGCACAUGCCUCAUUUUGUUGGGAAAGGUUGCAAAAUUUGUGGAGUGCAGACCACAACUCUCAUCCAUCAUCUGUCAGUCCCUGUCCAUGUCCCAUGUUAUCUUUGUGGGAUGUCAGAAGAUCACACCAAACCUUUCCUGAUGUUUAGGGGACUGUUAGACCUCACUUGGGUGUGGGGCUUUCUUCUGCGAUCCAGGUGCGCAGGAGUCACCAAGAAAAUAUGACUGAGCUGAGUCAGAAACUAGACUUUCUGGAUCCCACAUAUUUUCAUCAUGGAAAGACCCUGGCUAUGAUUCGAAAAAGAAAUUGGUAACAGCAUAAAAGCAGAAAAAAGAUGUGAAUGGAUUUGCUUUGCUAAUUGUUGUGUGGAGUUACCGGAGCAGGAAUGUAAGUCAAGAUUUUCUGUUGACUGUGGAGGGGCUCUGCACACAAAGCACCCAGCCUGGGGCUCAAGGCAGGUAUUGCAGACACUGGGCACCCAAAACCACAUACUGAUGCUGAGAAAAUCUGACCCAGGACAUUUAUUUUGCCUUUCCUUCUGGCAUAAAGUAUCAAGUGCACCUUUCACCUCUCAAGAAGUAGAAACAUUGAAAAUAAUUUGUAGGUAAAUUUAGCUCCAGGCCCAGAUGGUCUGACAGCAAAAAUGUUUAAAUAUACAGCCUAAGCUAUGGCUGCAGCUCUCUUUCUUGAUACAAUCUAUUUCUACAUCAUGGCUCUCUUCCAGUAAGAAAAACAUGUCCUUUGCAGAGA